GAAGUAAUCUAACUUAACCCAACCGGUUCAAUCUAACCUAACCUUAAAAGUGUGAAACUGUUAUUGAGGAGUUGAUUACUGACACAUUGAAUUGUUUAUGAUAUUUUUAUGACAAUAUAAAUUGUCAGGCUGCUGAUUAUCGAUCCAAGUUGGAGCAAUAAAUAAUAAAUUUUAUAAUGAAAAAGAAUCAAAUUUGCCAGCACAAAGAUGUUUUCCAAAGAAUGAAUUAUUUAUAUCAGGCUAGUCACCUAAUGGCAUUGAAGAAUCGAGUUAUGGCAUCUUACUUUGGUAACCAUAUGUUCGCUUGUGCUAAGAAGGCAGUAUUGCGCACGGAACCAAAUUUGAAAAGAACUGUAUGUAAAUGUUGUCAAAGUCCACUCAUACCUGGGGAGACAGCCAGAGUUAGAUUAGUAUCGAAGCCUAUAAAGGGUGUCAAAUGGACAUGUUUAACUUGCAUGAAUAGUAAAAGAUAUCCUACAAAAAAAGGAUACAAAUUAUGGCUUGAUCAGCCAGAAUCACUGGUUCGAAUAUUAGAUUUUACACCAAAAUCAAAGAACAAAAAUUUUCAGCAACUUAGCUCUAAAAGCAAUCUUGAGGAAGUAAAAGAACAAACUGAAAAAAACUAUCCUAGAAAUCCUACAAGCUGAAUCGUUUUAGACAAUGCCAAUGAAAAUGAAAAUAAAGAAGAGCAGUUGAUCUCA